AUGAUUACUUCAUCAAAUACCAUGCAACGAAGGGAGAUUUCCUUCAAACCACACUUGGAUCCGUAUCAUUAUUUAAUUAACAAUACAAGUGGAAAGGGAUUUCGUUUCAAGUUAAUAGAGGCUUUUAAUGUUUGGUUUAAAUUAUCAGAAGAGGAAUUACGUGUUGUUCAGAACAUUGUAGAUAAAUUGCAUAAUGCGAGCUUGUUAAUUGAUGAUAUUGAAGAUAAUAGCAAGCUGAGAAGAGGAAAGCCUUGUGCUCAUUUGAUUUACGGAACACCAGCCACUAUAAAUUGUGCCAAUUAUGUCUAUUUCGAAGCAUUGAAAGAUAUUCAGAAAUUGAAUACAAGUUUUGUUGGAGAGAAUGGACUUAAUACAUUUUCCGAUGCCAUUUCUAUAUUUAUGGAUGAAUUGUUGCUGCUUCAUGAAGGACAAGGGAAGGAUAUUUAUUGGAGAGACAAUGGAAUCUGUCCUUUGGAAGAUGAUUAUUUACAAAUGGUUCAGAAUAAGACUGGUGGCUUGUUCAGAUUGGGCGUUGGUUUAAUGAGGGCAAUUUCUAGAGAUGAGAAGAACAAGAAAUAUGACUUUACUACACUUGUUAAUUUAUUAUCUGUUCUAUUCCAAAUUUUGGAUGAUUAUCUCAAUUUGCAGAGCGAUAUUUAUCACACUAACAAGAGUUAUUGUGAAGACUUGACCGAAGGAAAGUUUUCAUUUCCAAUUAUCCAUUGCAUUACCGAGCAAGCGAAAAAUGGAGAUACUCGAUUGAUUAACAUUUUGAAACAAAAAACAUCUGAGAAGUUAUUGAAAGAUUAUGCUUUGGAAUUAAUGAAAGAGACCAACAGUUUUGCUGUUACUCUCGAAAAACUCGACAGAGUCUAUCAAGAUUUGAAGAAAGAAAUUGAAAAGUCAGGCGGUAACUCUUAUCUAGAAAAGAUUAUUGAGGGGCUCAUGAGCAGCGCAAAACAAGUUGAAAAGAGUUGCUAA